UUUUAAAAAAUACUAAAUAAUUACCAAAAACAAUCAAGUGAAGUGAAUUUACAAACUUUUUUUUUAAAUAAAAAAAAAUAUUUUUACUUUUGGGAAAAAAUAUAAGAGUGACUCAUGUUCAAGUUUAACAAUUGAACAUCACACAAAUUUCUGAAAAUUAAAUAAUUAACAAACAAAAAAAUUUUAAUAAAAAUGUCGAUCAAUUCAUCAGAAAGCGAUAUCAGCAUUGAGGAUUUACAAUCAAGAACACAAGAUUUUACUGAUUUUACAUCAACAACAAUCAAACGUGAGCCUCCAACGACAGUUUCUCCUAUGCUCACGCCUCCCCAUACACCAACUGAGGAGCCAUCACAUCCAAUUCCUUCAUCGACGAUAAUAUCAUCUCCAACAGCUACAUACGACUAUUCGUUACAUCGUACCUCGCCAUCCGAUUAUUAUACAAUGAACAACUAUCCGCACAAUGCUCUUCCUCAACAACUUCCAUCAUCGCAACGUAGCGCUUGGCAAGCUCCCGUUACAUUGCAUGGACAAUCGCCAUACACAGCUCUUCCAUAUCCCGCAGCAACAGGAGCUCCAAAUAGUGCGACGUCACAAAAUCAUCAUGCCGUUCUCAUGUCACAUUGGAUCCGAAACGCCGCUUUCUAUCAACAUCAUUUCCAACGUCAAUAUCCUUAUCCAACAGGACCAAAUCGUUUGCAUCCUCACGUAAAACCCGCCGGAGCUCUCGGAACACGCCCAAAGAAACAAUUCAUCUGCAAAUACUGCAAUCGUCACUUUACCAAAUCAUACAAUUUGCUUAUCCACGAACGCACGCAUACCGACGAACGCCCAUAUUCUUGCGAUAUUUGUGGAAAAGCAUUCCGUCGUCAAGAUCAUUUGCGCGAUCACCGUUACAUCCAUUCCAAAGAUAAGCCCUUCAAGUGUACGGAUUGCGGAAAAGGAUUUUGUCAAUCACGCACAUUAGCUGUACACAAAGUUCAACAUUUGGAAGAAUCGCCCCAUAAAUGCGGCAUUUGCAAUCGUACAUUCAAUCAACGCACUCUUCUUAAAGCUCACAUGCAACAACAUGAACAGCAGCAACAGUCGACGCCGCAGCAAAAACAAGACUUGAAGCGUCCCGCGACGGAACAACUGCUGGAUUUGUCGCAAAAUCGUUCAAGCCCGAACACAACGACAGGCGCAAGCCCGAACAAAACUCGCAAAUUGGGUUUCACAAUUGAUGAAAUUAUGAAACGGUAAAUCCUAAACAAGUUUCUUUGAUAGAAAGUUGCAUGUUCCUUUAUAGACACAAGAUUGAAUGUAUGAAAUAAUUAUUUAUUUUUCUGUUACCUGAUAUAUAAAUGUAUAAAAAAAAUCCCUUUUUGUGUAAGAAUCAGGGUUCAACCAAAAAUGUAAUAGAAUAGGUCAAACAAUUCUCAGGCACGCAAAAGUAGAAAUUGCACCAAAGAUUGAAAAUAGUUCCCAUAUCGGCUCUCUUUCUCUCUCGUAAAGUUUAAAACCGUCCAAACAAGCAACAGGUUUGCUUUCGAAAUCUUUGCCCACACUCACAUCAUCUCACACGUGAUUGAUGAAUUGACGCCCCUUUAAACUCUUUUUUAUAACAACUACGAAUCACACACAAAGCAAACGAAAGAAAAAAAGUAUUAUUAGACUUAUUACAUUGUUGUAAAUAAUAAUCGUAACUUAUAAAUAAAUAUGUAUAAUUGUAUAACUAUAUAAAUGUCAAUGAAUAAUUUAAAUAAAAAAAGUAUUCUUUAUGUAAAUAAAAUGUAAAAAUAUCUUAAGAUAG